AUCCAAUUAACCGCACCCACCAGAGGACCUUUAUAGUCAUAACGUCAUAAUUUAAUAUGAUAUGAAGCAUUAAUACCAUGUAAAUAUUUAUUUAUUUUAGUAAAGCAUAAACCUGUGGUUUAGGUGUAUCUGCUACUUCAGAAAAUAGUUACUUCUACUGGCUUCAAAAUCAAAAAUGAAAUUCUUCAAAAUCUUUGUUUUCUUUGUCUGUUUCACUGUAUCCAUUUAUGCAGAUCGUGAAUAUAAAAUACAAGAUUGCUUAAAACCUUAUAUUGAUGAAGAUAAGCCCAUUAUAGGUUGCUAUCCUGUUACUUAUAAAGUGUGGCGAUGGGACAUAAAAUCUAAAUCCUGUGUAGAGGAGACGGGGAUAUGCGGUAUCUACAGAAGACACCUUUUCAAAAGUGAAGACAACGGUGAAGAUGAAUGUAACAAGGUAGCAAGACCAGUUUGCGAAAAAUUAUAUUCGUUACUACCAUGUUAACCACAAAAUCACAUUGUUUAUGCUUAAUAUAAUAUUUAAAAUGUCUAUAAAA